AUGCUCCGCAUCACUGGUAGUGCAAAAUUAUGUACCAAGAGGAGGCUCAUAGAUUUAACCUUAUGUUGGAGUAACAUUGAUUUGAGGAACAUCGAUUUAGAUGAGAACGUGCUCGAAAACCUUCAGCCACCAAAAUAUCUAAAGAAUCUGAGCAUAUAUUCUUACAUGUGUGCAAAGCCUGCAAUAUGGAUGAACAAUCUCAAUCUGAUCUUCAAUCUAGAGAUGAUCGAAUUGAGAGAAUGCUUGGAGUGUGAAACUCUUCCACCUUUUGGGCAACUUCCCUUUCUCAAAUCACUGACGCUUUAUGACAUGCUGAAGGUAAAAUGGCUCGAAAGUAAAUUUAAUGGGAAUGAUAAAUACCAUGCCUUUCCAUUGCUAGAGGUUUUACAUAUUAGCUUCUUAAUAGCAUUAGUAGCUGCUGAAGAUGGAUGUUUGCUUCCUUCCUUAAUUCAACUGAGGCUACAUAACUGCCCGAAGUUGAAAGAGUUGCCCUCUUUGCCUUCUAAGCUCAAGAGCUUGCCGAUACGAUCAACGGGGUGGAAGACUUCAAAUUUUUGUAGCAUUUCAAAUUCUAUUCCCCUUGAAAAAUUAGAGGUCUCUUGCUGUAAAAACAUCACCUCUCUUUCUCUAGCUGAUGAAAUAGCAAAACUUGCUGCACUAAGAUACUUGACAAUUACAAAUUGCCCCAAUCUGAUCUCUCUCGGAAGAUAUCGAGAUGUGGAGAUCACUAAUAAUUGCCAUCUCAUGCUCGACAAUCUCAGUAUAAGUGAUACAUCGGUGUUGCUAAUGGAGCCAUUGAGAAGUAUCGCCUCCUUAAAAAGGCUGAGUAUUUGGGAUGAUGAUGUGCUGGUUUCAUUUCCAAAUGAGGUGGAGCAGUACUGGUUUCUCAAUGUUAGGUCUUCUCUUUCUGAGCUGGAAUUUAAAAGUCUCGAACCCUUAGAGUCUCUCCCCUUCAGAAACUACAUGUUUUGAUCAUGUACAACUGAAAUCUAAGUAGUUUUUUUUUCUUAUUGAAACAAUUAUUGAAUCAUUGCUUAGUUUUUAUUUUAUGUUUUUGAAUU